UAGGAGGUUAGGCAGCAAUACGAAAGCUGAAGAUAGUUCAGUGUGCUGCUGAGCGUUGAACGACGUGGAUUGCUUUUGUGGAACUUUUGCAGAACUGGUAAUUGAAUCGUACGGAAAAUGGCGCUACGUAUCGUCUUCACAAUGCCCGUGACCAAAGCUAUGAGCCAAACUUUGGUGCGUGCCAUGUCGUCACAGGCCGUUGCCUCCAAGAAUGUUGGCUUUAUCGGACUCGGCAAUAUGGGCGGUCAUAUGGCUAGCAAUCUGAUCAAGCAGGGUCACAAAUUGCAUGUCUUCGAUAUCUCGAAGCAGGCUUGCGACAAUUUGAAAGCCAAGGGCGCAACUGUCUAUGAUAAGACCACCGACUUAGCGAAGAACUCUGACUACGUGAUCACAAUGCUGCCCAAUAAUGAUAUCGUGUGGAAGGCUUAUAACGAUAUGACAGCCGAUGGCGUUAACAAGAACACUGUCUUCAUCGAUUCAUCCACCAUCGAUCCAAAUUUGGUGCGAGACUUGCAGAAGUUUAUUAGCGAUAAGGGUGCGCGUUUUAUUGAUGCACCCGUUUCGGGUGGUGUACCCGGUGCUGAGCAGGCCACACUGACCUUCAUGGUUGGCGGUACGAAAGAUGAAUACAACACAGUUAAACCCAUUCUGGAGGGUAUGGGCAAACGUAUCACUUACUGUGGCAGCUAUGGCAUGGGUCAGGCGGCGAAAUUGUGCAACAACAUGAUGUUGGCCAUUUCCAUGAUUGGCACAUCGGAGGCCAUGAAUUUGGCCAUACGCCAAGGUUUGGAUCCAAAUGUAUUUGCCGAAAUCAUUAACUCGUCGACUGGCCGCUGCUGGUCGUCGGAGCUGUACAACCCAGUGCCCGGCGUCACACCUACUGCACCGAGUAACAGAGACUAUGCUGGCGGUUUCUCCACCGAUUUGAUUACUAAGGAUUUGGGUUUGGCUGCCGGUGUGGCCACCGCGACAAACACGCCUAUUCCAUUGGGCGCUCUGUCACAUCAGAUAUACCGUACACUGAAGGCUCACGGUUUGGGCAAUAAGGAUUUUUCGGUUGUCUAUGAAUUCAUGAAGAAUGAGGCCAACAACUAAGGAGGCGUUUAGCUUUAAGCUGCAAGUAUUCAUAACUGUACUUGUGGUAUUUAGAAUUCUUACCAGAAUUGCAUUUAUUGAAAUAUUUUUAUAUUAAAUCUUAUAUACUUGUACACCUCAUUGUAUAUAAACUUAAGUGUUGAGCAUUUUUUUAUUAAAAAUUAAAUAUAAUUAAAAAUUAUAUUUUUUAAAUACAA